AUGUCCCCAUUUCAAGAUUAUGAGCCGUGCAGUCACUACAACAUACUAGACAACUAUUGGAGAAGCAUACUCAAUAGCUGGUAUGGCUAUGUAAAUAGACAUGAUGACACUCUUGUAGAAUGGGAUGGCUGGUACAGACUCUUCAUUAAUGAAUCGAGUGCUCAGAUGCCUGAAUGGUGUGCGUCUUAUAUGACAUGUGGAGGUGUUACUGCUCUGUGGCUUCAUGGAUCUCAUCCUCGAUUAGAAGAUGGAGUUGUUACUCGUGAAGUUUUUGGCUCACGUAAUGAUCAGUGCAGUCGCUACAGAUCCGACCCAAUCCAAGUCAAAGCUUGUCCUGGAGAUUAUUAUGUCUACAAGUUUACCAGGCCAACAGUUUCCAUUCAAGCUCCUGUAUAUUGUGCAGUGUCUUUCACCACCCCAAGUGUCGACCCCUGCUACAACUACACCAGCCUGGAUGAACCUUGGAGAUCCACAGAUAACUAUUACAAUAUUAAUUAUUACUACAAUGUCAUGUGUGACUAUAAUGUGGACUGGAAUGGCUGGUACAGGCUGUUCUAUAAUGGUCAAAAUGCUCAGAUGCCAGAAUCAAGUGUAAAUCCAUACAUGUGUGGCAGUUAUAACCCAAUGUGGCUCAAUGAAUCCCACCCUCAGCUGGAAGAUGGAGUGGUCCUCCGUCAGGUCUGUGUUUCAGAUUGGGGAGGCUACUGUUCUUACACAUCCGAGGCUAUAAGAGUCAAAGCCUGUCCUGGAGAUUACUAUGUGUAUGAGUUUGUUAAGCCUCUGAUUUGCGCAGCUUACUGUGUAGUGGUUACAAAUCACAGCACAACAACAGCAUCUAUCCCACUGACACAAUCCAUUACUCCACCAAUCACAACAACUGCUCCACCUGUUGACCCCUGCUACAACUACAAUGUACUGGAUGAUGCUUGGAGAGCCACCAGCAAUCAAUAUACUUCUCAGUUAAUGUGUGACAGAGUGGUGAGCUGGAGCGGCUGGUACCGUCUCUUCAUUAAUGGUCAGAGUGUUCAGAUGCCAGACACAUGUGUUGAUGAGUAUAGCUGCGGCACUCAUGCUCCACUGUGGUUGAGCGGAGGACAUCCAACACUUGAGGAUGGAGUGGUCUCUCGUAAUGUCUGCGCUCACUGGAGCAACAACUGCUGCUAUUUCCAGUCCAAUCCCAUUCAAGUCAAAGCCUGUCCUGGAGGUUUUUAUGUCUAUGAGUUUGUGAGCCCAAUUGGCUGCAAUUUAGCAUACUGUGCAGAUGUGAGGUUUAACACUAGCUACACAACUGACAUACCAGAGAUGACCACAACAGAAACUGCAGCUGGAACCAGAACUAUAAUAUCUGAUGACAGAAAGCCCUGUUCUGAACUCAACUGCUCCAAAGAGGAAAGGUGUGGGAUGAAAAAUGGUGUUUAUGGCUGUUUAUGUAACAAAGGCCACCAAAAACAGCGAGCACCUCAAGACUCCUUUGAUUUCAAUGAGACCUGUGAGAGCAGCUCUGGCUCCAUGUCUGUGUCUCGCUGUCAGCUUUUUGAAGCUGGUUUUUCAGCUCAGCACUUACACCUCAAUGACCCCAGCUGCAGAGGAACCGUCCAGAACGGCAGAGUGGAGUUUAACUUCGACAACGAUCAACACAUCUGUGGCACAAAUCUUGUGGCCAACGGCAGCCACUUCAUCUACAGUAACUAUAUUGUGGGGACGCCGGGAACAGAAGGUCUCAUCAGCAGAGUGAGAAUCCUGAAGCUUUCUUUCAGCUGUGUUUAUCCUCAAACACAAACACUUUCCAUGAACAUGGAGAUCAACCCACUGCAGAGCACUGUGCACAAGGUCCUCCCCAGUGGUGAAGGGGUUUAUCAGGUGCGGAUGGUCCCGUAUGUGGAUAAAGAGUUCACUCAGCCCUUCACUGGUAGAGUGGAUGCAGAGCUGGACCAGGAGAUGCAUGUGGAGGUUGGUGUUGAGGGGAUCGACAGCCGCCAGUUUGCCCUGGUGAUGGACACGUGUUGGGCUACACCUGUGAAUGACCCUGAUUACAGUCUUCGCUGGGACCUCAUCACUGAAGGGUGUCCCAAUCCUGAGGAGGACACAGUGAAGCUGCUGCAGAACGGCGUCUCCACAAGCAGCCGUUUCUCCUUCAGGAUGUUCAUCUUCACUGCAAACUCCACUAAGCUUUACCUGCACUGUGCUGUUCACCUUUGCCUUCUGUCCAGUGAACAAUGCUCAACGAGCUGUAACUCUGGACAGCAUCAGAGAGAGCGCAGGGCUCUGGAUCUCCAUGACAGUGCUUCACUAUCUAUGGGUCCUCUAGUGUGGUCUGGAGGAAACACAGAUGUUCAGUUUCUCCCAGAACAAGUGAAGGUUUCUGAGGCUUCUUGUCUGUGUGCUUCUCUGGUGCUGUUGCUCAUUCCUCUGAUGAGUUUCUUCACUCUUUCUUAGUUUAUUGACACAGAAAGUGCAACAUUUAGUUUGGAUUAUUUUAAUGGACGUGGAACUGGCUGUGGUAUUUCUUUAUUUCAUAAAUAUUUUGUAUGAGGCACAGCAAUUUACUUGACAUAUUAUUUUACGCUGAUUUAAUACACUAGGUUAAUUCUAUAACUAUUUGAGUGUACCUGCUAUAGUAACAUCUUUUUUUUCAACCUUUAAGUUUAAAAAAUGUAAUUAAAGAAAUUGUGUUGUGAAAAUAUUGUGUGUUUAACAGAUGAUUCAGGCAUUUAAUAUAAGGUGUAUAGGGCAUAAUGACUCAAAAGGUAAACGAAGAAUAAAUGAAUAAACAAAUAAACUAAUAAAUAUAUUGCAUGAAUAAAGUAACAUACUGUAAUGUCCUGCCUUUUUUCCUUUGUAAUAAUUUUCUCAGUAAAAGUAAGAAAGAUUGCUGUUGUCUCUGGAAACACUUUACAAUAAAGGUGUUUAAUUAUGCAUUAAUUCAGGUUUAACUAAAGCACAGAUACUCAAGGAUCUAAACUAUUCAUUACUAAUUAUUGCAUCAACAACUGAAGUCUGAUUAUUAGACAGAGCAGUUCAUAUAUUAUGCCAAUCUGUUAGUUAUUUCGAUUUUUAUUAGUUGCAAUAAUCAAUAAUAAUUCAAUCAUUAUUAAUGAAAAAUCAGUUCUUCAUGAGUUGAUGAUUUUCUGUGCAUUAAAGCAUACAUUAAUGCACAUAAGCACACCCCCAUUGCUUUACACCCUUAUUGUAUUGAGUGCUUCCUUUAUUUUGAAUAGUGAUGCAAUGAUAAGGAUAAAAGAGUCUUGCUGUUUUACUUUCUGUCUGAAUGACUGAAGAAUGCUGCAGCACUGGUUAAAUGUGGUGAAGUUCAGUCGCUGAUCAAAUGACAGAAUAAACCUUGUAUUGUAGGUUUGAGUGAAAAGAAACUGAAGUGAAGAGAAACUGAAAUUGAACAGUCAGCAGUAUUUAGAUCAUACUGAAGUGCACUUAAAGUAGUUUGAGAAUUCAUGGCAUUAAGAUUUUACCUUGAAGAUUUCUUAUUUGAUCACAAGCCAUCAUUAAAGGUGUCAGUAAUCACUGACUAUGAUGUGAUACAGAAGGAAAUAUAAGCUGCCUGUAUAGUUGAUUCAAUCAGUUUACUGGUAACAGGUUCUUAAUAAAACUGGUUUAUAAUAUGAUCUACAA